AUGACGCCGCAGUAUGCCACGCAGCCGGAACUCGACGGCCGAAACACACAAACACACACUCCCCGCCCGCCUGCACGCACGCGAAGCGCUUCUACGCCGAGCUGCUCGACAGCGUUUGGAAGCAGGGAGGAGGAAAGACGGCACCUGGUUCAGUGCUAUGCUCAGGUGAUGGAUCGGCAGGUGGACACAGGGACGCAGACGGACCCGGUUGUGGUGCUGUCCCUGGCCCAGGCCGCCGUGCUGGGCCUCAUCUCACAGAAUGAGAUAUUUGGGGCCACCAUAGCACCCAAUGGCUUUUACACAGGAGAGGCCAAGGAAUGUCCCCUGCCGCCAGCUGAUGGAACUGGGUACGAGUACGCAGACCAGCUCAUUGGUGCCAAUGGUGACUAUCUAGCUGAACCUCUGGAGGGGGGAUGCCAGCCGCAGGCCUGCACUGGUGCGCAACAGCAACAAGGGCCCAGUGAGAAGGACAACGGAACCAGGAUGCAGGGGGAGCCGGUGCAGCAGGGGUCGCAGGGGCCGCCCGCCGACAGGACCUCCGAGGCUGAGGUGAAAGGAGAAGGGACAGAGGUCUCUUUGUCCCCCUGUUUCCAUAUCCUCAACAGUCUUGUCCCCAGGGAAGGGGUUCAGCUUGUGGACCCCGGGACAUACAGGAUUGCACCCAAGGAGGAGCAGCAGCCCAGCAACUGCUGCCCUGACUGUGAGAGGGAGGUAAAGAGGCAGCAAACCAGCGUGCAGAUAACGGCACCCCCAAGGGAGGAGGCAACGGAGGUGGGGCCACAGAGUGCUGUAGGGCAGGAGGAGCAGCCUGUGGCUGACAGAGGAGAGGGAGCUGGAGACAUCUCCAUGAAGUCAGGACAAGAGGGCAGCAGCCCCCAGGUCAGUGGAUACUUUGAGUCCAGCGAAUUGAGCUAUGAGGCCAACGAGGCGGGUGCCCCGGAAGACUUUGAUGAGGGCAGCCAGAGUCUGAUGUGGCCAGAGGCGGCAGACAGCGAGGGCCAGCCGGGGCGGCGCGUGCAGAUCGACCGGCUGGACAUCAACGUGCAGAUCGACGAGUCCUACUGCGUGGAUGUGGGCGAGGGCCUUCGGCGCUGGAAGUGCCGCAUGUGCGAGAAGUCUUACACCUCCAAGUACAACCUGGUCACGCACAUCUUGGGCCACAAUGGCAUCAAGCCUCACGAGUGCCCGCACUGCGGCAAGCUCUUCAAGCAGCCCAGCCACCUGCAGACUCACCUGCUCACGCACCAGGGCACGCGGCCGCACAAAUGCACCGUGUGCAAAAAGGCCUUCACGCAGACCAGCCACCUGAAGCGGCAUAUGCUGCAGCACACGGAUGUCAAGCCUUACAGCUGCCGCUUCUGUGGCCGGGGCUUUGCGUACCCGAGCGAGCUGAGGGCGCACGAGACCAAACACGAAAGCGGGAGCUGCCACGUGUGCGCUCAGUGCGGAAUGGAGUUCCCCACCCAAGCCCACCUGAAAAGGCACCAGGCGAGCCACCAGGGCCCUGUCACCUACCAGUGCUCUGAAUGCGAAAAGGCAUUUGCUUACCGCAGCCAGCUGCAGAACCACCUGAUGAAGCAUCAGAACGUCCGGCCGUUUGCGUGCGCCGAGUGUGGUAUGGAGUUUGUGCAGAUCCACCACCUCAAGCAGCACGCCCUUACUCACAAGGUACUGAAACAGUCCUUCGAUCACAAGGGGAUGAAGGAGUUCAAGUGUGACGUUUGCUCCCGUGAGUUCACUCUGUCCGCCAACCUGAAGAGGCACAUGCUGAUCCACGCCAGCGUACGACCCUACCAGUGUCACAUCUGCUUCAAGACCUUUGUCCAGAAACAGACCCUAAAAACUCACAUGAUUGUCCAUCUGCCUGUUAAACCCUUCAAGUGCAAGGUAUGUGGGAAGUCCUUCAACCGUAUGUACAACCUCCUGGGUCACAUGCACCUCCAUGCAGGCAGCAAGCCUUUCAAGUGCCCCUACUGCUCCAGUAAGUUCAACCUGAAGGGGAACCUUAGCAGACACAUGAAGGUCAAGCAUGGCAUCAAUGAAGCAUCUCCAGAAGGGCAAGAUGCUCUUCCUGAUGCGGAGGAGGGUAGCCAUGAAGAAUAUGAAGAAGAGAACAUGGACUUCACAGAGACUGAGAACAUUACAAGCAACAAUGCCCCAGACAUAGCUAAACUGUCAGAGGAGGCUAUGCAAGAGAUGGACUACUACACUUUUGGGAAAGGCUCAGAACACUACAAUACAGUGUAACUGAGCACACUAAACUAAUACUGGACAGCACAGGGUUUGCAGGAGCCCUUCUGAGCCAAGAUUCCCAGGAAAGGGGCAGUCAGGAAGCCCCAGCAGCAGAAGAUGCACUCUGAGAUAAUGCCGAUGCUUCAUUGUGCUGGAAUGGAAAUGGGUCACUCAUGGUAACGGCUGUUUUCAGCGUUCCUCUGUAUCUGAACUCUUUAUAUUCUGACAUAGUGACUGGAGCAGGUACGACUGCAUCUUUUCAUUUCCUCCCCCCCCC